AUGGCCGAAGAGAAGAGGCCCAGCACGACCUUUGCGAAGUUGUUGUGGGCCAAGCUCAGCAAGAUCGACCUCGAAUUCAUCAUCAAGCUCGCAACUGUCGCCGUUGUCAGUGCCAAUGUCGAUACCAAGCGCUCACCUCUCAACGAUGGGGUUUCAGUCACAAAAAGCCCUCGCUUCCUCGAACAACAUCCCGCACAUGAACCUGAUACAAGCACCCGGUCGUGGCUAAGAAAGGAACACACACCCCCGAAGCCAAACGAAGUAGUCACGGAUUACGACAACGAUGUGGAGUUCACCAUCAAGCUCUGCGAUACAUUCUAUACAAAGGUCAUGACGUACAGGAGCCCACCGCAGUGCUCCUCUGUGGGCCUUCGGUUUACUGACGAGUUCUUGAUGAACGCCGAGGUUCAGCAGUGCAAUACAGACAGGCUUCGUUGA